CCAUGACAAGAGGCUAUGGCUGCUGAGGAGCUACCGCAGACUCUGGAUGAUUACAAAGCUGAGAUUGAGAGGCUGACUAAGGAGCUGAGUGAAACCACCCAGGAAAAGAUCCAGGCUGCUGAGUAUGGGCUGGUGGUACUGGAGGAGAAGCUCUCCCUGAAGCAGCAGUAUGAUGAGCUGGAGGCUGAGUAUGACAGUCUGAAGCAGGAGCAGGAGCAGCUGAAGGAGGCCUUUGGGCACUCAUUCUCCAUCCACCGCAAGGUUGCAGAAGAUGGCGAAACCCGAGAAGAGACUCUUCUUCAGGAAUCAGCCUCCAAGGAAGCCUAUUAUCUGGGGAAGAUCUUGGAGAUGCAAAAUGAGGUCAAGCAAAGUAGGGCUGUCAUCGUCAAUGUUCAGGGGGAGAAUAACCGCCUUAACUCUGUGGUCCAAGACUUGAAGGAGGGUAAUGAAAUUCUGGAGUUACAAAGGAUGCGGAUGAAAGAUGAAAUCCGGGAGUACAAGUUUAGGGAAGCCAGACUUCUGCAGGACUAUACUGAGCUGGAAGAGGAAAACAUCACACUACAGAAAUUGGUGUCCACCUUAAAACAAAACCAGGUUGAAUACGAAGGACUGAAACAUGAGAUUAAACGUUUCGAGGAAGAAACAGUGCUACUCAACAGUCAACUGGAAGACGCCAUUCGGCUAAAGGAGAUUUCAGAACACCAAUUGGAGGAAGCGCUGGAAACGCUAAAGAAUGAAAGGGAACAAAAGAACAAUUUAAGGAAAGAACUUUCUCAAUAUAUUAACAUCAAUGAUAGCAUGUAUAACAGUCACAUUAAUAUUGCAGUAGAUGGACUCAAGUUUACUGAGGAUGGCAGUGAGUCUAACAACGAGGAUAAGAUGAAUGGACACAUCCACGCUCCUAUCGUAAAAUUAAAUGGAGAUUAUCGGACUCAGACUGUUAGAAAGGGGGAAUCACUGCACCCUGUCUCAGAUCUGUUCAGCGAACUGAAUAUUUCUGAGAUGCAGAAAUUGAAGCAGCAACUCAUUCAGGUGGAACGGGAAAAUGCAAUUUUACUGGGUAACCUUCAAGACUCCCAGACUCAGCUGGAACACACCAAGGGGAGCCUUGUGAACAACCAUGAGCAGGUUCAUAGACUAACAGAGCACGUCAAUGCCCCUGAGGAUUUGCAAAGCUGCAAAGAGAUAGAUUCUGAUAGGGCAAAGGGCUCAAGAGAAGAGACUCACGAUUACGAGAUUGACAUUAACGGACUGGAGAUCCUGGAAUAAUACAAAGUAGCAGUUACAGAGGUCAUAGAAACUCAAAGCUGAACUUAAAGCUUUAAGGAAAAAUAUAAACAUAUAGAAAGUUACACAGAAGAAAAGACAAAGCUAAGUUCCAGGAUUAAAAUGUACGAUGAACAGGUAACUGGUUUUGAAAGAGCUAGUAAGGAUAGCAAUGAGAAACUUUUAAUUUUGGAGAAAGAAUUGCAUAUCAUGACUUCAUUAGCAAAUGAAACCCAUAAUACCCUAAACACAGCUCAAGAUGAGCUAGUAACGUUCAGUGAAGAGUUAGCUCAACUGUACCAUCAUGUGUGUCUAUGUAACAAUGAAACACCAAAUAGAGUCAUGUUGGACUACUACAGGCAAAGUAAAGUCACCCGUAGUGGCAGUCUGAAGGGUCCUGAUGACCCCAGAGGUUUACUGUCACCAAGGCUAGCUAGAAGGGGUAUGGCAUCUCCAGUUGAGGCACGAAGUCCAUGUGAACCACCUCCAAAGGAAAGCAUGGAAUCUAUAAAGGAACAAACACCACUCAAAGCCAGCCUGUUUCUCCUGUUAUUACAGCUCCCUCCAUCCUCACCAGUAUCUGACUCUAGUGAUAUUAGAAAAGAGCCAAUGAAUAUCUACAACCUCAAUGCUAUAAUCAGGGAUCAAAUUAAACACUUGCAGAAGGCUGUGGACAGGUCCUUGCAGCUGUCUCGUCAGCGAGCUGCAGCAAGAGAGUUGGCGCCUAUGAUUGAUAAAGACAAGGAGGUCUUAAUGGAGGAGAUACUGAAGAUGAAAUCUCUGCUGAGCACCAAACGGGAGCAGGUUGCAACUCUGAGAGCUGUAUUGAAGGCCAACAAGCAGACUGCAGAAGUUGCUCUUGCAAACCUGAAGAAUAAGUAUGAGAAUGAGAAAGCCAUGGUUACUGAAACAAUGACAAAGCUGAGGAAUGAGUUGAAGGCACUGAAAGAAGACGCAGCCACGUUCUCAUCACUGAGAGCCAUGUUUGCCACCAGGUAACAGAGUAUGUGGACACAGCUGGAUGAGAUGCAGAGACAACUGGCCGCUGCAGAAGAUGAAAAGAAAACCUUGAAUUCUCUACUGCGGAUGGCAAUCCAGCAAAAACUGGCGCUCACGCAGAGACUUGAAGAUUUGGAGUUUGACCAUGAGCAGUCCUGGCGCACCAAAGGCAAGAUUGGGAAGAGCAAAAUCGGCAGCCCCAAACAGUUUCCAGCUCCAGUUGCAAGAAAUCCGCUUCACCCGUAUUGCACCAGGAUCCCCUUUCCAGAACCAUAUGACAGGACACAACUCAGGGAAUCUUCAGCUUCAUUGCCCUCGUCAACCAAUCCUGAUUCAGAGAAGCCAUCUUCACUUGUUUUCCAUCAGCUGCCAGUAUCAAGAAGCACAGGACUAUAUAGCUCACACUACAGCACCUCUCCUCUACAGGCUUCCAGCCGAAGUUUUUUAUUCAAUUCGGAAACUCCAAAAAACAUCAGUUUUACCACAACUUCUCCCAGUACCAGAGACCCACACCCUCUAAGUGCCACAUCUCUCUGUUCCAGACAAAAAGAUUGUCAGCAGCCUGCUGCCUCACCGCCACACUUCUCACAACUAACCCAGCGGCUUGACUGCCAGACUGUCAGUCCUAAUUUAGCUCCCCAAGAGGAGACUGCACAUUCCAGCCAACAGUGUGCCCCCCUCAAGUGUCUCUCCAAGCCCCCUCCAAACCCCUAGUCUUCUGAAGAGAGCUGGUAAACUCAAUGGACCUCCCUGUGACAGUCUGACAGCCUGAAGUGUGGACUUUUGCCUUGUUAGUGGCUAUCACAGGUCAGAUAUCUGCCCAGUCAAGAGGUGAAAAUGGUAAAGCACAGAGACAGAUAAACAGGAAAUGGAAGGGAACAUUGGCUCCAAAUAGCAGCUGUUGGUUAAAUACAAGGACUAUUCAAGCCAAUAUAUCCAUCUGUUUUUGAAAAUUUGAAAUUUUACUUUUACAUGGUUCUAUUUUAAACAAGGGAGACAAUUUGGUUGAGUUUUAUACAUCUGUUAUUACUAAUGAUAUUUAUUUAUUGUUAUUUUUAUGUAAUUGUGCACUUAUUGCUGAGUUCUAAACAAUUAACCUCUUCGGUGCCAUAGAGGAUGGGACAGGUCAUGCAAGGUGUUGCAGUCCUUUCUGGCAACCAAUGAUCACAAAAACUAUUUAUUUAUUAUUUUCCUGGACUAUCACAACUACAGCAUGAACAGAACAAUGAGUUUAUCAAUGGAGACGUUUGUAGGAUAGGUUACAUUGGAUAAACUCACUUUGUCUGUCCAGCAGUAGUUUUUGGUCAAUGGUCACGUAUUACUUAUGAUAUUAUUUUGUAUGGCAAAUAUUUAUUCAUGCAGAAUCUUCUCCUACACGGCAUUGUGUUACCGUGUGACUCUCUGCAGGGGUAUCUCCUACUUCAGAAGGGAUAAUGCUCAUUUUAGAUUUAUUAUUAAACCAAGUUUUUAUUUGUUUCCUUUGGCCAGAGUUUGGCUAUAACUUAAGGCACAAAUAGAUGUCUUUGGGGUGAACUUGAAUGUUAUGGUAAUAAUAAUAAUGACAAUAUUAAUAAUAAUGUGUUCUGCUAAUGCACUGACGAUUCAUGCACUUGUUAUGUUUAAUUUAUAAAUAAUGUAGUUGCUACAUUUGGUAUAGUUUAAUGCUGGAAACUAACAAAUUACUUUGAAACACUAUAAAUGUAUAAGUUGAAUACACCAAUUUAUUUGAAAGAUCUUUAUUUUUAUGCCAGUGGUUAUUGUCCGGGUAACGUACUCACAAAUUAAAGGGGCGUGAAAGUUCAAUUUGAAAUGCAAAAUGAAUGACUAAUCAGAGCAUGCAGGGGAGGAGGAAGUGCACUUACACUGCCUACUACCGAAUGAGCUGCAGAUCACAUGCAGUAGAAACGUUGUCACAAAGCAGUGAUACCUUUUCUAAGAAAUACAUUUGAAAGCAUUUUCUUACCAACUAUAUUUCCAUACAAAUCAUACAAAAAGCAACUAAUAUAAAGGCAGAAACAUCAAAAAUGGACUAAUGUUUCCGUUAGCUGCCUUAUGUUUGAUUGCAGGUUGUUAUAGACUAGCAAGCUCAGUUCAUGACUAUUGUGUAAUUAACCCUUACCUAUAUUUUUUUGUUAAAAUGUAAUUAACAUUUUAUAACAUUCAAACACUUGCAGUGUUUCACUCCUUUUAUUUGUAAAAAAAAAAAAAAGCUUAAUAUUUUUUAAAAGUGUGAUUCCCCCCCCCCACUAUUUUAACAGGGAAAUUAAUAUUUUUUAAUUUUUUUGUUUGUUGUUGUUUUUUAAUGUGAACUGGGCAUGCAUGAGAAUAACAACAAAACACUAUGUAAAGAACCAAAGUAUGCAGAAGGAAAAUGCUAAAAGUGGAUUUUUAUGAGGAAAAAAAUAUUGAAAAAUAUUUUAAGAAAACGAGUGCAAAAGUAUUUUUUUUUUUAAUGGAAUAUUGUUGUUUACGUUUCUGUAAAUUACACAAUGCACAGCCAUUUGAAAAGAUGAUACGAUGGAAUUUCUCCAGAUGGGAAAACAUUUCAAAUAACACUUUUUAUGACCCUUUAAUUUUUUUUUUCUCUGUCCGUAUUUGAUUGCUAUCCUGCCAGUGAAAGGGCUGUGUGGCCCUGUAGUUACAAAAAAUGACUCUGAAGGUUCUGAAUAAACCUACAUUAUAAGGGAGUGAGUAUGUGAUUAUUUUACUGUAUUUCAGCGCUAUUAUUUCAGCAUAAUUUGUGAAUAAAGCACUUGUGAUAUAUAUA